AUGCCUCGCUCUUCACGGCAAACACGCCAUCCUCCAGCUGGGGCCCGGCCCACACCCCUCCCUCCGCCGCACCUUCUCAGCCGCCUGCUUCUGGGCGUCGUCGUAAUAGUAGAUAACAGAGCGGUACUGGGUCCCCACAUCCCCACCCUGGCGGUUGAGGGUGGUGGGGUCCACAUGCUCGAAGAAGCAGUCCAGCAGCUUGGGGUACGACGUGGAGCUGUCGUAGUAGACCUGCACGGCCUCAGCAUGCCCUGUGCGCCCCGAGCACACCGCCUCGUAGCUGGGGGAGGGCACCUCACCCCCUGUGUACCCGGAGCUGGUGUGGGUCACCCCCGGGACGCGCUGGAAGGCCAGCUCCAGGCCCCAGAAGCAGCCGCCUGGGGGAGGGGAGGCAAGGGGGAGAGCUCAAGCACGAGCUUUGCCAGGCAGGCUCAGCCACUCUGGCAGCCACAGCAUGCCCAAGAUGGGCAUCGCAGCAUAAAAUGA